AUGGGAAUCAAUCGGCUUCGAGGAAGAAUACCUAUGGAUGUUGGAAGAUGCACAACUCUAAGAAGGGUCCUUCUUAAACAAAACAAAUUUACCGGGCCUCUUCCUGAUUUUGAAAGGAAUGUCAAUCUGUUAUACAUGGAGAUCAGCAACAAUGAAAUCAAUGGGUCAAUUCCAUCUAGUUUAGGAAACUGCACGAAUAUCACGGGUUUAAUGUUGUCCACGAACAAACUUAGCGGCCGUGUACCACCGGAGUUGGGAAGACUUGUUAAUCUUCGGACGCUCGAUUUUGGUCAUAAUAACUUAGAAGGUCCUUUACCUUUUCAGCUCUCAAACCGUACCAAAAUGUACUACAGCUUGGCAGAAAUAUGUUACCAAUUAUGUUCACAAGCAAAACAAGCCCUACCGAUAAAGGAUUCAUUUGAAUGA